AAAUAUCAGACGGUCUGUUUAGUCUAUCGUUUACCUCUGUCUUAACGUGUGACCUUUGAGAGAAACUCUAGAAGUAACGAGUGAUAGUUCCAAUUGGGGAAAUACUUCUUGUGGGCAACCAGAACUUAUCUGGUGAACCAGCGAGAAAAACCUCUGAUGGUGUGUACAACGAGCGCAAACAGUGGAAGCAGUGAGAGCUGAAAAAGGAUGCAAGGAAUUUUGAAAAUUAAGUUGGGUAGGGCAGAAGCUGCAUCUGUUUGUUCCAUUUCCAAACAACUGUUCUGAAUGAGUUGUGUUUAAAACGGUGUAAUCGGAUGCUUUGCUCACUCUAAUAAAAAUAAGAAGGGAAGUAAAAAAUAGUGAAUGGUGUGUGAAAAAAAAGUUCUAAUGUUUCGGGGCUAAAUAGAGAAAGAUGAAAAUAAUAAACAAGUAAAUAGUGGAUGAUAAAGUGCGAUGAGUGAGCCUUGCUGAAUUGCACUGAAAAUACAGUACGCCACAACUAAUAGUUCCGCAUUUGUGCAUUUUGUACCGAAAUUUGGGAAAGCAGCAUCAACAUAUAUAAAAUCAAUCAAUUAAACAAUAAAAAAUAAACAUAUAUAUUUAGUCGAACAAGUGAAAAUAAAAAAUUGUCAAUUAGUGAAUUUUACAACCAACCAAGUAGUCGGAGUUUUACCGUGGAAGAUGUAGAUAUGAAAAUGCUAUGAGUGCCCAGGGGGGCUCCCCAGGGGUCCCAUCUUUGGGUGAUCGCAGAUCUCCGCUACCAGGGGAUUUGUUUCAGAUUCACAACGACUUAUCGAUGAACAACAUGGCGAUGCAUUCGCAAUCUUCAUGGAACCAAAUGAAUGGAAUUAGCCAAAUGGUUGGCAUGAAUCAUCAAAUGGGUGGCGGAGGAGGUAGCGGUAAUGGCACUCUAAACCAGAUGAACGCUGGAAUGAAUCCAAUGGGUCAGAUCAGUGGUAAUGGUGGUGGAGCAGCUGGAGGUGGAGGAAAUAUGGGCGGAAUGGCAGGUAUACAAAUGAGUCAAAUUGGAUCGAUGAAUGGGAUGAGUAACUAUGGCAGGCAUCACCAACAAAUGAAUCCAAUGGCACAGAUGAUGAAUAUGGGUAUAGGCAUGGGUGGUCAAAUAGGACCCGGUACCGGGAUAAACGGAAUAAAUCAGAUGAACAGCAUGAAUCCACUUAGUCAAAUGAAUCAGAUGUCCCCGAUGUCAAAGAUGCAAGGAAUGGCCAAUGGUUAUCCUCCACACCCGAGACGAAUGACACCUUACCCCAAUCCACAGAUGCAGAUUGCACAAAAAAGGUCAAUGUAUGGAAUGGGCCAACAAGCGAUUCCUGGAGCAGCUUCACAGUUUCCACCUCAUCAAUCAGCCGGAGUUCCUUUACCGAUGCAAGCUAAUACCGGUUACGGAAGGCAUGGACCGAUGCCGAUAAACUACCGCGGGGGACCUCCAAUGAUGCAGCAACGACAGAACACUCCUCCCUACAGUGCCAACACUGGCCAUAGUCAACAGUAUUACAAUGCGGGUUAUCAAAAUAUGCAAGGCUAUCAACCGGACAUUCGAAUGAAUUACCAGCACAGUCCUGUGCCCGGUAAUCCUACCCCUCCGCUCACCCCUGCCUCUUCCAUGACACCAUACAUAAGUCCGAACCCAGACCUCAAGCCAAAUUUACCACAUAAAGACGAAGAGCUACGACUUACCUUCCCUGUAAGGGACGGUAUUCUGUUGCCACCGUUUCGACUAGAACAUAACCUAGCCGUCAGCAAUCAUGUUUUCCAGUUGAAAUCAACAGUGUAUAACACCCUUAUGUGCCGGCCGGAUCUUGAAUUACAGCUAAAGUGUUUUCACCACGAAGAUCGACAGAUGAAUACCAACUGGCCAGCCAGUGUACAAGUGUCUGCCAACUCGACUCCACUGGAGAUCGAUCGUGGUGAUAACAAGAACUCCCAUCGUCCUCUGUACUUGAAGCAGGUCUGCCAACCAGGUCGAAAUACUAUCCAGAUAACUGUUAGCACGUGCUGUUGUUCUCAUCUGUUUGUACUUCAAUUGGUACAUAGGCCAUCUGUAAACCAUGUAUUGCACACACUACUAAAACGUAACCUCCUCUCAGCAGAACAGGCGGUGGCAAAAAUUAAACGAAAUUUUGCCAUUGGUCAUACAACAAAUCAACCUCUAGGUGUUGAAAAGGAUUCUCUUGAGUCUGCGGCCUCAAAUAAAGUUUCCCUUAAAUGUACUAUCACCUCGAAGCGAAUAACAUUACCUGCCCGUGGCCAUGACUGCAAACACAUUCAGUGUUUCGACGUAGAGGCAUAUCUAGCUCUCAAUUGUGAACGCGGUAGCUGGCGAUGUCCUGUGUGCAAUAAACCUGCCUUGACCGAAGGUCUUGAGAUCGAUCAAUACAUGUGGGCAAUCCUCAACACACUCAAUUCUUCCAACACUCCAAAUGGCAUGGAAACAGAAGAGGUUGUUAUCGAUUCUCAGGCUAAUUGGCGGGCGAUAAAACCAGCAAAUGGAGCCAAUCCAGCGCUUCCGGGUAGCAAUACUCCAGGUGCUGACGGCAGCAUACGGGGAAGAUCUACUCCGGUUUUAGCAGGCAUCAAAACAGAGUCAGAUGGGGAAAGCAAGCAGUUUAGCAAGGUGAUGUCUCCAGGGUCGACCUCGUUACCCACGUGGGAUAACAUGAAUGCAAUGAGUCCUUAUAUGAGUCCUGAUAUGAGUUCCAUUGCAAGCGGUAGCAUGAUGAGUUCAAAUAACUACAAUCAACGAACGCAGUUUGAUUCAUUCGGCAACCCUCUCAAACAAGAAGUUUUCGGAAAUCCUACUAAACAGGAAGCGAACUCUAACUCGCAAGGCAUAGUUACCAGUAGUGGCUCCGGGAGCGCUGGAGACUUCGGGAACAACCCACUGGUGCAUUUAAGCGAUUCAGUCAAUUCACUUGAUCCUCUGAAUGCUAUGGAAAAAUCAUUGAACGAUCAGAUGCCACACACACCUCAUACGCCACAUACACCCGGAGGUGGAAACUCUUCGGGACACCCAUUGACUCCAGGCGGUCCACCCAGUGUACCACCGGCAAGUGACAACAAUUCCAGUCAAGCAGGUAAUGUUGGAAACAGCAACAACAACAGCAGCAGUAGUGGUAACAACAGUAACAACAAUAGUUCAAAUAACAAUAGCAGUAGUAGCAGUUCUGGUAAUGCAAACAGUAACAAUCAAAAUAGCAGUAGCCAUAGUAACCCUAGUGCUAGCAAUUUUAUGCACUCACCACAGCAUCAGCAGCAACAAACUCUGGGCAUGGCUAACAAUCCAGCAGUUAAUAUCAUGAAUUCACCUCAGAGUUUGAUGAAUUCUCCGCAAAACAUGAUGAACUCUCCGCAAAGUGUGAUGAAUUCGGCGAACAAUCUUCAGCAAAAUUUGAUUAAUACGAUGAACACGAUGAUACAAAACCAGCAACAGGUUGGAUUGGUCGGUUUAACGGAUGUCAAUCUACCAGCAGAUUUAAACUUUGAUCCUGCUGCAGUUAUCGAAGGUGAAGGGGGCAAUGAUUUAAAUUUGCUUCCGGACAAUGUGGUUGAUCCAAUGGAACUGCUAUCUUACCUAGAUCCGCCACCGGAUCUCAAUACGCCACCCUCUAGCGGCUCUAGUAACAAUGCCAAUAGUGACGACAUUUUGGCAGCUCUCUUCGACUAGAGAGCAUUGCAUAUGAUACUACACUGAUAGGAAAAUCGUAUUUCAAGCUAAAAUGUGAUGGUUCUUGUUUUUGUUUUCAUUCAACUGUCAGGAUACUGUCAAAGUUGUUUGUACAGAACGAUUAAUUGUUUUUCUAAAUGUGUAAAAAAUACUGCUUGAUUCGAUGGAAAUGCAAAACAAAACUGUAAAAACAAACGCUAAAUUUAAGAACAAAUAAACAUGUAUGAAAUGUGAUUUCGAAUGUGGCGUUAAUUCAAAUCAUAGGUAACAAACGAACCAACAAAUAAUAGAAUCUUGAAGUGAUAGCCAAAAUAGUUUCGCGACGCACUACUUAUUUUUUUAUUAGGAAGACGUGAAAUGCUUACAGCAUCAAUUUGUAAUUUAAUAUUUAUUUUCCAUGAAAUAGUUUUUAGUCUUUUGUAAAAAGAAGAUUAUUUAUUUUGUACAAAAAAGGCCACAGAUGACGAAUAGUAUAUUAUUUCGGCUUUUAUGUUGAUAAAACAUGGAUCGACUCUGUUUUAUAGAGAUUAAAAUGAUCUUAAAUUCUAAUUCGAAGAGGAAAAAAAAUUAAAAGUAACAGAAUUGUUUAAGUGAAAUGUUAAACUUAAUGAUAUUAAAUUUUAAUCAAAUGUGUACAAAAAUGGAAAAUUUUGCUAACUUAAUUCAAUAUGAAUACAGCUAAAUAAAUUAAAAAUAAGUCUCACGCAUAUAUAUGCAUAUUUAAAACAAGCUGACGACACUUAAAGAAUAGCCUGCAAAUAAAUCGAACAAGUACACUCAAAAAGUGGAAAAUGGUUAUAAUUUUCGCUCUCUUAAAUGUUCGUAGAGUAUUAAAAUUAAUCAACCUAUAUUUCUUACACAAAUAUACAAUCGAUACAAUCUGAAAAAAAAAUAUUCGAAGCGAACGAUUGUCACAAAAUUAGUAAAACCUGCAAAAUAAUUGCAAAGGAGUAAUAGAAAAUGAACGGCUUCAACUUUGUGACCUUUAAUUUAUUAUAAAAAAAUAUUUCAAAAAUAACCAUUGAUCAGUCAAAAGGAUGCCAAACCUGCGGUCAGUAUGUUUUGCACUCCAAACCAAGAAAAAAGUUCCUUAAUUUAUUUCUCCCAAUUGCAUGUUAUAAGUUUAGCUUUUCACAUAUGGCUCACAAGGGGGCCAGUUUUGCUUAUUUGUUCAUUUCUUAGAACAGAUUAAUAGUCCCACAAAAAUGACAUUUAACAAUUCCUCGAAACUAUGGGAAACAUUAAAUGAUUCCUCUCGCGACAUCAAAGUUCCAAGCGUAAUAGAGUAGUAAUUUAUUGUAUUUUUGUAUCCCUGAACAAACCCUAUAAACUGCAUCCAAAAAUUUUUUUUAUCAUUUGCGAGUAAUGAGCGAAAAUCAUACCAUAUUUAUUUAUGGUUUCAAAAUAAUUGAUCGUAAAAUCAGUAAUCCAAAUAACAAAAGUGAUAGUUAUUUAUAUUUAAAUGUAAAGCAUCACUAUGAUAACUGAAACGCGAAACAUGUUCUAAAGAACAACAAACCACAAGGUAAAUAAAAAAUCAAAAUCUUGAGAGAUAAAAAUUGAGAAUUGAUGAACUGAAAUACCAGUUAGUAUUUUUAAGUGCAUCAAAAUAUAUCAAACAACAUUCUAUCGUUUUCACCCUGAUGAACUAACUAAAAGUUUGAAAAAAGUCUUCACGAGAAUAUAAUACACGAGUUUUUUGCUCAGAAAACUAUUAAAAAUAAGUUACAUAUUUAUUGCUUCCUUUUUCUGAGAAAAUGUGCUACAUUGUUUUGAUUCUUUAUGAAUAAAGUAUUCAGAAAAUGCUUACAGAACUUCACUGCCGGCGAUAGUUUAAGAGAAACAAAAAUAAUGAAUUAAAUAAAUUAUUUCAGGUAUUUUUUGUAAUAUACUUCUUGGUUGCAUUCAACUACUGGUAAAACUACUUAACCCUCUAGUACCCAAAUUAAUUUUUAGACGGACUUCGAAAAAAUCACUAUUAAGCCUCAUAAACAAGUUCUUAUUGAAGCUUUUUAGAGGUUCGACUGAAGACCGCCUUGAGGCGGCACUGGGCACUAGAGGGUUAAUAAGGUUGCUUUGCCGUGUGUGGUUUUUUAAACCAUCUUCCACGGUAUCAAUUACCUUGCUUUCUUCUGAACCACCAUAACUGAACUUUAUUUGUUGUAACACCUACAUUUUUCCAAUUUUUCUUUCAGAGAUUAAAACAAUGUAAUCGUAAUAUG